AUGCCAUCAGAAACAACACAACAACAGAUAACAUACUCAGAGAAAUAUUAUGAUGACAGAUUUGAAUACAGGCAUGUCAUCUUGCCACCAGAUUUGGCAAAGUUAGUUCCCAGGACACACCUAAUGACAGAAACGGAAUGGAGGAAUCUUGGAGUUCAACAGUCCCCAGGAUGGGAACAUUACUUGAGACAUGGUCCUGAACCACAUGUGCUACUAUUUAGAAGACAUAAACAAGGAGUCAUUCUGUAAAAUACAACCUUUGUCUGAAAAUACAAUAACUAUUGUUUUUUAACAUAAAACUGUCAUAACUGUGUAUGUGUUUUUAUGUCAUUGUGAUAAGGUUGGAUGUUUUAGAAUUUGAACUGAAAAGAUACAUCUUGUAUUAUAAUAAUAAUUGUGGCAUUAGUAUGUAAAGUACACAGCCACAUUGUAUGAACAAUAUUCCAGGUAAUAAUAUAAUAUGGUUCUUGAAAGAAUACAAGAUGGAUUAAGAGCAGCAUGGCAAUUUAUAUCUGAAUGUUAUAUACAUGUAGUUUGUGACAAUAACAUGCUGUGUAACUUUUAAAGAAUGUCUGAAUCAAAGAUGCUACCUAAUACAACUACAUUCCAUGUAAAGAUUCUUGAAUUAUCUUAACAUAGUUAAUAAAUACCCACAUCAAUAUUCCCACCAACUCAGAUUGAUAACGGUGACCUCAUGUUACAUUGUCAUUUUUUAGUUCGCAGGGUUUUCAAUUUUAAAGUUUUUUUAAUAAAUGUAUAAAAUAGACAGGUUAUAUUGAGUGUGAUUGAAGUACCCUGGCUAUC